CGAGCGACUGUCUGGUUACAGCAGCGAGGAUAUACUCGGCCGAGGCAGCCGCGAACUGUUUUACAGUAGCUCAGGAGACGAGACGGAAAAGAUGUUCGCCCAUGUUAAGAAGGCCAAGGCGUGGGAAGGACGCUGCUGCGUAAAAAAGAAAUCUGGUGACAUCAUCCGAGUGCGAUGCAGCGCUACUCCAGUUAUAGACCAGGACAGGCGUAUUGGACAGGUUGUGUAUACGUACGCUCCUCACUCAGAAGUCGAGGUGCUGGGAGACAUCCAGAACAGUGUCACUAGUCUGAAGGAUGCGGACCUACCGCCAUUACCAAACGACAUUUACUAUCGACGCGGGAGCGUGCGUUCACUCAUCAAUUAUACAGGUGACUUAAGAUCCAUGCGUAGUGAAGGUGGCGUGCGCGCCAUCUCGCGCCGGCCGUCCAUGGCCAGAAUACACUCCAUGACGAUAGAGGCACCGAUUACAAAGGUAGUGAACAUGAUCUAUAUGGCGCAGGACAAUUGUCCAAACACGGUGAUACCGAUCCUAGACAAGGUGAUCGACAUCCUACGCUCGUCGGAGCUGUAUUCCCCUUUCACGGAGAAUGUUAGCGAACAGGAUGAGAUGAGUAGCGAGUAUGUGGAAGGUCUCAUGUCGAGGACAAUGAGGAAGCAUUCGCAGCAGGGUCUCGCAUCGCCUGGUGGUGUGGGCACGGCAGUGAAUGCACGCUAUCCGUUGCCGCCGUCCGGUCCUCCGAUGUCACUGACGACGGCGUCCCCUGACAUUCGCGUCCUUAUCGAGAAGGACCAAACCUGGGAUAUAGAUGUGCUCGAGUUGGAGCGAAUAUCUAAUAAAAGGCCUCUUCUCUAUCUGGGGCUGAAGAUAUUUUCGAGGCUCGGCGUUGGCGAAUAUCUGCACUGUUCGGAGAGGGUGCUACAGACUUGGCUACAACUCAUAGAGCAAGGGUACCAUUCCACGAAUAGCUAUCACAACUCCACGCACGCGGCAGACGUGCUACAAGCUACAGCGUAUUUUCUCAGCAGAGACCGGCUAAAGGACACCCUGACGAAACAGGAUCAGGUUGGUUCUGUGAUAGCAGCAGCAAUACAUGACGUUGAUCACCCAGGAAGGACAAAUGUCUUCCUGGCAAACGCACAGGCUCCUCUCGCGUUGUGUUAUAAUGACAGAGCCAUAUUGGAGAAUCAUCACGCGGCGCAUGCCUUCCGAGUCACGCUGGCAGAUGAUUCGUGCAAUAUCUUCAAGAAUCUGCCCAUGGAUGAGUACAAGCAGCUUCGUGAGAUCAUCGUCGAUAUGGUACUCGCCACGGAGAUGACGAAACACUUCGAGCACGUGAACAAGUUUGUGACAAGCAUUAACACAUCUCGUGUCACCGACGACGACAGAAGCUCCGUGCUGAGCAGCCAUCUGGGGCAUGAGGUGGAUCUCAUGUCAUCAGAGAACCGAGCUCUUGUGAAGCGAAUGAUCAUCAAGUGUGCAGACAUCGCCAACCCAUGCCGUCCGCUCGCCCUGUGUAAGGAGUGGGCGAAUCGCAUUGCUGAGGAAUACUUCAGACAGACGACUGAAGAAAAAGAAAGAGGCCUACCCGUAGUAAUGCCCGUGUUUGACCGCAAUACUUGCAACAUCCCAAAGUCUCAGACAACGUUCAUGGAUAUCUUUAUAAUGAACACGUUCGACGCUUGGGACAAUUUUGCAGACGUAGGAGAACUGAUGGAGAACCUACAGGCGAACUACGACUACUGGCAAAGCGAGGCAGCUCUGAUAGCACGAAAGGCCGGGGAACAAAGAGCAGAGUCCCUGCAUUCAUCCUGAUUGCUGCGUCGUUCGUGCCACGUAAUAUCACGCAACACGCAGUUAUGACAACGGCCACCACGUUGGCGUGACCAUUUAGUCCAUGAACUAAUUAGUCUCCCAAUGUGUCCCGGUAAAUUUACCGUCGUCAUGGUAAUCGGGGCUCCUCGAAGUAUUACGAUGUUAAUAUCAUCGGUGUUGUAAUUAUUUCCAAGCGCCACUCACGUUACGUUUUAAUGUAACAAACAAUAAGAGUGAAUAUCAUUUCCGAGUGCGAAACGAAGAUCGAGACAGAUCAGAACGUCCAGGUUAGUGAAUAUGGGAAGCCAUGUUCAAGAUAUAUACAAAGGUGUACAUAGCCGCGAUGUGUUUUACUCGUAACCAAAGAAAGGAAUUUCUGGGCACGUAAUGUUGAGGUUUGUAAAUUUGUAUCGUCAACCAUUCUGUAUUGAGUGUAUAGCAGGUAGGGCCUAUACCGUGGUAAAGCUUUGCAGUGGUGUAGACUUGCUUUUACCCGUAUAGUCGUUACUCAGAAGUUAAUGAUUUUACUUGAUGAAAUUGUACAAUUUGUAUGUUGAUUUCGUCUUGUUAACAAUGGCCAUUAUACGUCUGGUUAUGCGUCUCAUAGACCAGGUCAGUUUUUAAGUAUAAUUAGGUAUUCUUACUAUUAUAGAUUUUUCUACAGACUCGGAGCAACUUGCGUGCAGUCCCAUCUGUAAUUCAUUCAUAAUUAAUUCAAGUAUCUGAAAAAAAAGUACGUAAUCUCGCAAGAGCGGAUCCAGCAAUGUACGAUGGGUGGUC